AUUUUGACAUUUCCGUUACAAUUUAAAACUUGGUGGACGUUUUUUGUCCUUUUGUAUCUUUUAUAAAAACAUUGUGCUGUGCUUUUAAUUUAUAUUAUUCUAAUUAGAAAGAAAAUCGGAGUUUAUUCAAAAUGAACAACGUAAAAUCAUUUAACAGCAAAUCAGACCUCGAAUUAUCCGAAUCCAAGCAAUACAACAUGAAAAUGUUUAUAAACGCCACAAGAGAUUAUUGUAACAACAGUACAGAAGAAACCGCAAGCCUUUUAACCAGACAUUUACAGAUUUUAUGCGUAACAAUCGAUUUAAGCAUUUUUGACCCACACACAAGCGUCGCUUGUGAAUUUUUUGUGAGUCUUCACGAAUUGUUAACAUGCCUUGAGGCGAGAUCUCCAAUUGCGUGGUGUUGUGUAAGUGUUUUAAACACUUGUUGUCGUAAUUAUGCCGCGAGAGUGGCUUUAAUAGAAACAUAUCACUUUUUGCCACCUUUAUCAAGAUUAUUAGGAGACCAUUUGUCGAAAGAAAAGAAAAUACGGUUGUUAUCAUUACUGCAGGAGUUAACAGGUGGAAUUAAAAUCUUGUGGCAGAUUCCCCAUUUAGUACAUUUAAUGUCUACCCUUAUAAAAUGGAUUAAAAGUGGGUUAGAAGACAUCAUGUCAUUAUCUUUAGGGGUUUUAGUUAAUUUGUGUUACAAAAAUUUGCCUGCUUUAUACACUUUAUCGAGGUGUGUUGAUAUAAAAGAAUUUAUUAGGUAUUUAAUGUCUUUAAAGGGUGCUAAAUUGGAAGUCCAUAUUUGUAAAUUAUUAAUAAUUUGUGAUAACCUCAAUGGGAAAAUACCGGAGGAGUCUUUAUUACAUUUAACAAGUUUAACUUUUAAGUCAACACGGGAGGCUUUCAUUGAAAAAGACAUUAUUUUGCUACGGCAUACCGUAGAAUUUUUCUUAGACAUAAAAAUACAAAGUAAUCAAGUCAAUUUUUUGUUGUCUUUUGAACCAUACGAAAAUGAAUUAGAAACUUUAUUAAAAUCGGUUGAAAAUAACAUUUUCAACUCGGGGGAUGCAACAGUUUCUGAACCGGAAUGUGUAAAAUUACUCCUUCAAUUCUUAACAUGUUUAGUAAAUCAGAAAUUACCAAAAACUGAGUGUUUUUAUGAUCGCAUGAUAAAAUUAGCAUUACAAUUUUUAUCGCACGAAACGGUUUCAUCUCAGGCUUUAUUAAUACUUAAAGCAAUAACAAUUAAUUCAAAAAAUCCAAAUUUAAAACUAUUAGAAAUGAUGCUCCCAAAAUUAUCGAUAUUUUUAAUCGAAUUGGAAUUAAACUCGAUUGAAACCCCACGAAAUCUCGAAUACAACAAAAAAUUAUCGUGUUUAAUGGAAUUAUUAGCUUGUUUGGUCCAAAUUGAGGCAUUACGCGAAAACAUUUUAAACUGUUUCAAAGAACAACACAUAAGAAAAGUGUUUGAGCCAUUAUUAGGUGAAAAACAAAAUAAACAAAACGAAUUUUAUUCAGUUGAGAUGAUAACUUUAUUCGCAAACGCUUUAUUUUUGGUUACAAAAUUAGCGGAAUUUAACGAAGAAUGGUUUCAAUUGCGGACCGAAUUAUUUAAAAAUCGAGAAAUUCAAAUAUUAAUCGCCCAAGCUGUUUAUAACACAUCAGAAAAUGUUCGGUUUCAUGUACUCAAUUUAAUUUCACUUCCUUCAUUCCCACGUGAAGAUUUAGCAAAAGCAAUGACUUUAAUACAAUCAACUCUUAUCGUCGGCGAAAAAGAUGGAUUCGCAUCCCAACAGUUAAUGGAAAACUUUUGGUUCCCAAAAAUGUCAGUUGCGCAAUCCGAAGAAAUCGAUAAAAUAAUUAAUAACUUAAAAGAAACGAUUGUACAAAAUAAUUUAUCUAAAGUAGCUACAUCAGAAGUCAUGGAAUUAUACGAAUACAAAUUAGCCACGAUGGGACACGCCGAACGCGCCGCUUUAGCCAGCAUGGAAGCUGCAUCACAAAGAUGUACUCAUUUAGAACAACGCAUCGCUCAAUUAAAAGCUGAGCUAUCAAGAACGACACAACUUUUAUUUCACGCUCAACAAGGCCAAGAAGAAGCGACGAAAGAAAAUAAUAAAAUGUCUGAAAGAACUAAAGAAUUAGUCGUACGAUUAGAUGCUGCUAAAGGUAAAGUUAAGUUUUUAACCGGUCAAGUUGAAACGACAGAAAAAAGUUUAAAAGAAAAAACGAUUGCUUUGGAUGAAUGUCAAGUUGCGAAAAAAAUUGUUGAGGAAGAAUUAGAAAAAAGAAUGACAUAUCAACAAGCUUUAAGAGAAAAUUUAGUUAAAAAAGAGAAAGCUCACGAUGAAUUAAAGGAAAGAUUAUCGGUUUCAUCCGCAAAUGUCGAAUCAUUAAAAUCGCAAUUAUUUAAAGUUGAACAAGAGGCGGCACUUAAAGGUGCCGAGUUGGUGCACUGUCGGGAAGAUUUAAAAGAGGCUUGCGAUGAAUUAGAGAAGAAAAAGAGAAUUUUAGAUUCGAUUAUGGAAUUAACUACAACCUCCAAUAAAAAGAAAAAUCAUUCCUAAUAUUUUUUUGUUAUUAAAAAAACAAUUUUAUGUAGGUGUUUUAUGUCGAUUUAUGACAAACUGUAUAAAAAUUAUUUUGUAAUCAAUUCAAAUUUAAUUAAAAAAUUUAAAAAGC